AGUGUCAUUGCCAUCGUCCUACCUUUCGCUCGGAACGGUAGACUCCCCCAUCACGCAUCAUGUCUUCGUCGGAUGAGGAUGUGGUUCGUCGCCCAGGACGGAGCUCGGGUGCUGGUCAACCUGCAAGCCCCUCUGGGAGCGAGCGUAGCAACCCUGCCGCACGACUUGAAAGUCCCGCCGGCUCUGAUGCCGGCAACAUGAACGGAGAUGAUGAUGCUGACCUCUUUGGCUCGGAUGGCUCGGACGGAGGAUUCGGCAAUGAUGAUGAUCAACCAAAACGGACUCUGGAUGACGAGGAGCUUGACUCGGGCGACGACGAAGACCGACGUGAUAGGACUGGGGAGCGCAUGGACUAUGAAGAUGGCGACCAGGGUGAAUACCAGGAAACGGUGAACAUUAUGGACCUGAGCUUAGGCCGAGCGCCGGAGCCGGUGACUUCAAAUGGCGAGAUCUAUACCAUGCCAAUCCCCAACUUUUUGUCGGUGGAGACGGAAGAGUUCAACCCUGAAACCUACGUUGCGCCCCCAUACUCGACCGCAGCCACGUCUCUCUGCUGGCGCCACGACCCCGAUAACGAUGCCCUUCUUCAAUCCAAUGCCCGUAUCAUUCGUUGGGAAGAUGGCUCAAUGACUCUCCAGUUGGCUUCGGCCCCUAAAGAACAAUACAGGAUCUCGACUAAACCGCUGGCGCCUGUAAACAAGUCGGGUGAUUACGAUACCAAAUUGGACUCACAUGUGUAUCUGGGAGCUGCAGCAGAAACGUCCUCCGUGUUCCGAUUGACUUCCCACCUAACCCACGGGCUUACCGUUUACCCCACGACCAUGGAGGCUGAUGAUGCCGUUCAACGCCUCCAAGAGUCGUUGGCCGCAGCUACUCGUGGUAGCAAACAGACUGCGGAUGGAUCGGCCCCUGUGAUUGAAGUGACGGAGGACCCCGAACUCGCGAAACGACAGGCGGAACUUGCAGAACGGGAGAAGUUGAAGGCUGCUCGCCGACGCCAGCAACUCGCCGACCGGGAGCUCGACCGUGGUCGUCGGGUCGGCGUUUCUCGUACCGGGGGUGCUGGUCUCACUGUCGGCGGACUGGAGGAUGACGACGGUUUACUCACCACGAGGCCUCGGGCCAAGAAGCCGCGCAAGCCUAACCGUCGUGGCGAAAUCUACACCGAUGACGAGGAGGACUACGAUCGUAAGGGACGUACGAGGGAGGAUGAAUAUGAUGAAGAUGACGGUUUCCUUGUCGGCAGCGACGAGGAACCGGAAGUCGCCGAUGACGACGAAGACGAGGAUCUUCUUGAAGACGAGGACAUGGAUGCCGAGGGUGAGGAGGAAGAGCCUUCCGCCGCCAAACCCAAGCAGCGACGAGCAUCGCCUGAGGAAGCGGCUGGCACUCCUCCUGCCCGAAAGAAGAAUCGUUUCAUUGUGGAUGAUGACGACGACGAAUAAAGCCUCCGAUACGAUUUUCUCUCUCACCCCCCUCGAUCAUGUCCUCUAUGAAUAUUGCUUUGAUCACUGCACUCUGUAUCUAUAUCAAAUCUUUCUAUGGGUAAUCUAUUCCUUGGCGAACGAAUGGUCAUCCUGCGUCCUGGUGUUUUUCAUCGAUCCCAAAAGAAAAAUAGAAACGAAUUAAUAUACGUGCC